AUGCACAACCUCUCGCUGGGCGCCGCCAUGUAUGGCAUCUUUUUCGCUGGCCUCGUGGCUGCCGCAGGUGGUGAGAUCUCACUCUCCAACUUCACACCCCGCAUCGACAACCUACCCACACCGUGCAAGACCGUCUACAAUACCAAGAUCGAUGCCUGCGUGUCCUCGGACUUCGUCGUCGGCGCGAAGUGCAGCUCAGGCUGUUUGGCUGGACUGACGAAGAUCGGCGCAGCAGUCCAGACGGGAUGUGCAGGUGUCGAUGUGGGCGAGACGUCCAUCAUUGGCGUCUUCCAGAACAACAUUGGCAUCGACGCGCUGUGCCCCAACAACCAACAAGCCGCAACCAGCUCGAGCCCCUCAUCCACAGCGCGUACGACUCUCCCCACAAGCACAAGAACUCCGACACCCACCACAUCCACAGCGGCGACAAGCACACGCCAACCCACGAGUACAUCGUCCUCCGGGCUGAACCUCGACCCCAACGCUACCUUUGCGACGUCGACUGUCACGGCAGCGCCGACAGACGCAGUAGCGACCAGCAGCGUGCCAAAAGGGAACAGCCAACUAUCGAACUCCGAUUCCGGAGGCGGCUCGCCUUUCGACGUUGUGGCCACGGGCGGCGCACCGCAGCUGCGAGCUACCAAAGCUGCGCUGGCGAUCUUGUUGGCGGCAGUAUUGCUUGCGGCAUGUAUAUGA